CCGCCCCCUCCAGCUGAUGCCAGAGGGUUUCUCACCCCUUUGCUUUGGAGCCCUCUGCCAUCAGCAGAGGAGGGAGGAGGUGGGCGAGGGUCGUUCGCAAGGAACGGGUCCCUGUGUUGAGUCAGGGGCUCAGAGCCAUCCCUGUGGAAUUGCUCCAGGUGUGGUGAGGGGGGGGAGAGGGUAGCAGCGAGAUGAGGGGAGUGGGGGCAGUUAUCAACCCUCAGCAUCGCCUGUGGGGCUGUGGGCGCUCCAGUGGGGUGGGAGCUCGUUCCUGGUUCAGCUGUUACUUUGGAUUUUACACCCAGGGUGCACGGGGUGGGCAGGGGAGGGCUGGGAGGGCCGAGGUUUCUUUUUAUCUAAAUUUCGAAUUUUUUUUUUUUUUCGGACGUAACGUUCAGAACAAUUCAAUAAAUUUUUUUUGGAGAAAAAAACAAACAAACAAAAAAACCCAAACAAACGUCGCCAUCCAACUGUCUGAGAACGAAGUGCUUGUAGCGGGGAGGAGCUCCGUCCCCUCCCGCAGCAUCGCAGGAGGAGGCGGGGGGAGGCGGGGCUGGGGGCGGUGCGCCGGGAUCGGGACUGCGAGGGGAGCGGAGCGCUGCGCACACGGAGCGGCGGCGGUGCGGGACGCUCCGCACCAUGGGCUGCGGCUGCGGGCGGCUGCUGGGCGUCGCGUGCCCGCUGCUGCUGCUGCUGCUGCUGCUGCUGCACAUCGCCGUCGCUCAGGAGCCCAUCAGCACAGCAGGGAAGUGCAACACCAUCUACAAAGGUUUUGCUGGCUGCCUCAUCAGCUUGGGGGACAGCAUGGCCCAGAGCAUGCGGCAGCAGCGGGACGAGGAGGAGGAGGAGGGCGGCCAGGAAGCGCAAGAAUUGGACACCAUCUGCAGGUCCUGGGAUGAGUUCCACGCCUGUGCCAGCGGGGUUCUGUCCCGCUGCCCCGAAGAGGCUGCAGCCAUCUGGGAGUCUCUACGCCAGGAAUCCCGCAAGAUCCAGUUCCAGGGAAACCUGCAGGAGCUGUGCAGUGCUCGGGGCCGCCUGGCCAGCUCCCAAGGCUCACCGCCUGCUGAGACCAACCAGGCCACGCUGCGGGGCUCGGCCCGCCACGGUCACCCCGGCAUACUGCCCCUGCUGGCCCUGCUGCUGCUGGGGGUUUGGGCAUAGGGCUGCUCUCAGCCAAGGACCCGCCGUGCACUGCGCUAGGGGUUCAGCCUUGGGUCCCCGCUGACCUCAGUGUGGGCACAGGUUGAGCCCCAGCCCGACCCCUGCAGCCCUCACCUUCUCCUGGAACCCUUCAGAUGGAUUUAUAUUUAUAUUAAAAGAUGCUUUUACAUUUC